GCACAGGAGAAAUAUCUAGAGCUGAUGCAAGAGGCACAAAGACGUGGGAUAAACCAGACAAAGUGGACGCAGAAAUUAACUUCAGAAUGCGUUGAACCGUCGGCUCAAUAUUAG